GACCCCCCUUUUUCUUCACCAGGCGUCUCGGACUAGAACCGACAGAAUGGGAACAAAACAACACAGCCAGACGGAGCACGGGAGGCACGCCAGGGAACGGGAAGCGCCACCGCCGACUCGGAAGCGGGCACCUUUGGGGUUAAAGCCCGGAAUGCUCCAGGAGCACCGCGAGUUAAGCAGAGGCAAAGCGCGCGCGCGCACACCGCACGGGAAGGGUAUGCACCGCAACGGACCAGCAGCCCUCCCCGGCUCGGAAAGAACUGGGUCACAAACGAAAACACGAACCGAGUGAGGCGCAUCAGGACAACCAAACCUGCCUGACACGUCCACGAGGACCCCCGCGAACCACAGCCGGAGGUGCGCGCAGGUCAGCGGCUCGGACCGGACAGCCGCACCCCUGCCUUCCCCACACCACCGACACCAGAUGGGGAGGAGAGACGCAGGGCCCGCUGGCAGAAUGAGAAGAGCGAGCGGUCGCCACUCGCCAUGAAUGACCAUUCGCCAUGAAUGUCCGUCCCUCGCAUGCCUCAGCUUAGGCCCCGGCCCUAAGAGAACACAGGAGCACCACAUGGAUCCAAGGGGUGAGCAAUGUUUUACAGCCCUUAAAGUUGACCUCAGGAUGCCGAACACUGCUGAUCAGGAGAUGGAGUCACUUGAGGAUGUCACUGUUAAGUUCACCUGGGAGGAGUGGCAAAAUCUCAACAAUGCUCAGAAGAUGCUAUACAGGAAUGUGAUGCUGGAGACAUAUAGUAGCCUGCUGUCACUGGGGCAAUACAUCCCUAAACCUGAGUUGAUCUUCAAAUUGGAAGAGGGAGAGGAGCCAUGGACAGCAGAAGAACCUGCAAACAAGACUCUGCCAGGAGAUGGUGUCUCUUGAGGAUGUCACUGUGAAGUUCACCUGUGAAGAGUGGCAAGAUCUCAAUAAUGCUCAGAAGAUGCUGUACAGGAAUGUGAUGUUGGAGACAUAUAGUAGCCUGCUGUCACUGGGGCAAUACAUCCCUAAACCUGAGUUGAUCUUCAAAUUGGAAGAGGGAGAGGAGCCAUGGACAGCAGAAGAACCUGCAAACAAGACUCUGCCAGGUUGCAACUUUCAGCUUUUGCUUGCGGCCAUCAGAAAUUAAAUGCACUCUGCUGGGAGACUCUGAACACAAGUGAUAAAUGGAGUCAGACAUUUUGCAAACCCCCCAGGAAACACUCAACUGCUUCAUUUGCCAGGGCAUCAUUUUGGAUCCAGUUCUCUUAAGGUGUGGCCAUACCUUCUGCAAGGCCUGUCUCAUCCUUUCUUCAGAAGACUUCAGAAUCUGACACUGCCCUAUGUGUAGGCAAGCAUCCCAUUGGAUGUUCAUAAAUAAAAUCACUAUGAGGAAUCUGGUAUCCACUGUGAGAGAAAACAGGCUCAUGAAGUAUUUGAGUUCUGAGGAACACAAGUGCAUGACCCACAAGGAGAGAAAGAUGAAAUUCUGUGGUGAGAGCAGGGCCCUUCUCUGCCAAUUGUGUUCUGACUCCCAGGAUCACAGAGGUCACAGACACUGCCUCAUUGGAGUGAGUGUCUAUAUGCAAAUGCUGAAACUUGAAAAGCAAAUGGCAUCUUUAUGGAAGAAGUUCCAAGAACAGGAGGAAGAUCUAAGGGCAGAGAAGAGAAGAAUCUUUCAGAGGAGUGAGUUAGUGCAGCUGAGCCUGAUGACACAGGGUAUGAAACCAAAACUCAGUGCCCAUCCCAACACUGGGCUGACGGCAAGGUUCAGCUGCUUCCAAGUUCUACCUGUACAUACACCUGCCACACCCUCCUCAAGUGUCGAAUCCUCAUCGAAGGUGGAAUCUAGAAAAGGCCGGAACAUCUCGAGGAAUGUCCAUCACAAAACGGCUGUUCACUGGGAUAUUGAAGAACCUGAAGCCCAAGCUUCCACAUCCAGGGAGAAACCACAAAUUAAAAUCAAAGUGUCAGCGAAACGAGCUGACAGUGCAAGUUCAGAAGAAGAGGAGGAAAAGUCAACACUGAGGAGGGUUAAGGUGGCUCCUAAAAAAAAUGGAAAGAGAUCAAAUACCUUGAAGAAGCUCUGUCGGAAGGGGACUCUUCCCCUGACAGAUGAUGUUGAAGGAAGUAACUUCAUUGAUGAAACUUGCACAGAAAAAACAAAAAAUAAAAGAGAAGUGAAUCUGGAAGAAGAAGUCCCCCCAGUACCAGAAUGUCAGGACAGUGCAACCUUACCAAUGGAUAAGGAUAAAGCACCAGUGAAAAUGGAAAGAUCUAGAAAUCACAGAUCUGUAUUGGCAAUCUUAAGGAAAUUUUCUCGAAAGCGAACUGUGGCCCCCAUUGAAGUGGAAAGACCUCAAGUCCUCCCAGGUACCUCCCGAGAAACAACACACGCUACAACAGAAGUGGUACCUAAAAAUCCUGAUGCUGCACCUUCAGCAGGAGGACAGGGAGAGACACCAGUGGGGAUUGAGAAGGUGGCGACUAAAAAACGUAGACGCAGUAUGUAUUAUAGAAUCUCUUAAGAUACAUUUUAGAAAGGAAUAGUAUAAACACUGGAUAUC